GCGCCGCAGCCGUAGUACCUACCGAGGGUCUGUGUGCAUGUGACCGCUCCCAGCUCAGCCGAGCCUCUCCGAGGUACCGCCCACACUCCAGCUCCCGGAGCAGGCUUGCGGCCAGGCGGCUUUGGUUGCACCGCUCUCUAUCUCUCUAGGGCUUUGCACUAGCUGGCUCGGCGUCUAGAUUCCAGCUCGGUCGCUGCAGCUCUCUCUCAGCUUCUCAGCUGGUGCCCCUCGCCCGAGCCCCCGGGGCUCGCGCCUUCCCGGGAUCGUUCCAUCCCGGCCUGCGUGCUCCACUCGCCCGCCUUCCCCGAGCCGCGGCGAGCGUCUCGCCUGCCCCUCCCCCACAGCCCCGAGACGUUUGGGGGACCUACCUGUCGUGCACCCUGGAGCUCCUAGGGGAGAGAAGCUACAAACUCCUCUGUUUUCUGGCAGUCGUCUGGGGCUGCGGCGGUUGCUUGCCUUCAGAAGGCACCUACUCUUCAAGUUUGCCCUGUCAUUCUGGCUGCUCCAGCCACCACGUGGGUAAAACGGGCACCCCACAAACAUGGCAGACGAAGACCUUAUUUUCCGCCUGGAAGGCAUUGACAAUAGCAGGUCACCUCACUCCCAUCACGCUGGCUUUUCUGAUGAUGACAGUGAUGGAGAGGAUGGCUACUACAUAUGUCCCAUCACAGAUGACCCUGGCUGUAACAAGAUUGCUAAUCCCAAGGUCUCUAACUACUACAGCAACUUAAUCAAGAAUGAAGACUAUGGAUCCAGUUCUUCUCCUGGAAGUUCCUUCCAUUUUAAGGAAACUUGGAAACAUGCCAUUGAGAAAGCAAAACACAUGCCUGAUCCAUGGGCCGAAUUUCAUCUUGAAGACAUUGAAAUGGAGUGUGCUACUCGUCACAGGUACAAUGCAGUCACUGGGGAAUGGGUUGAAGAUGAAGUUUUAAUCAAGAUGGCAUCCCAGCCUUUUGGACGUGGAGCAAUGCGAGAGUGUUUCAGGACGAAGAAGCUGUCUAACUUCCUGCACACCCAACACUGGAAAGGUGCUUCCAACUAUGUAGCAAAGAGAUACAUUGAGCCUGUGAACAGAGACGUGUACUUCGAGGAUGUGCGCCUGCAGAUGGAGGCCAAACUCUGGGGCGAGGAAUAUAACCGACACAAACCUCCCAAGCAGGUGGAUAUUAUGCAGAUGUGCAUCAUUGAAUUGAAGGACCGGGUAGACAAGCCCCUCUUUCACCUGGAACAUUAUAUUGAGGGCAAGUACAUCAAAUAUAAUUCCAAUUCAGGAUUUGUCCGGGAUGACAACAUCCGCCUAACCCCACAGGCCUUCAGCCACUUCACCUUUGAACGAUCUGGCCAUCAGCUGAUUGUGGUGGACAUUCAGGGAGUAGGGGAUCUCUACACCGACCCACAGAUCCACACAGAGACGGGUUCAGACUUCGGAGAUGGCAACCUGGGUGUGCGAGGCAUGGCCUUGUUCUUCCAUUCUCAUGCCUGCAAUCGGAUUUGCAAGAGCAUGGGCCUCACUCCCUUUGACCUUUCACCAAAAGAGAAGGAUGCUGUCAAUCAGAACACAAAGUUGUUGCAAUCAGCCCAGACCCUUCUGCGAGGCACUGAGGAAAAGUGUGGCAGCCCAAGGGUGAGGACCUUCUCAGGGAGCCGUCCUCCACUGCUUUCCCGUCUUUCAGAGAACUCUGGAGAUGAAAAUAUGAGUGAUAUGACAUUUGACUCUCCUCCUUCCUCUCCUUCAUUGACACCACACAGCCAAAGAAUAGACCACCUCCAUUGGCCACAAUUCAGUGAUGUUGAUAACCUGGGGCACAAAGACCAUGACCACUUGUAUAACCGUCAAGAUUCAGAGAAUGGUGGGGAUAGUGGAUACCCCAGUGAAAAGAGGAACGAACUGGAAGACAUAGAUUCCCGAGACAGGGCCCAUUCAAAUGGCAACCGGAAACCGUAUGAAUCUGAUGAAGACAGUCUGGGCAGUUAUGGAAGGGUCAGUGUGGAGAAAUGGAAUCUCUAUAACUCUGCCAGGCUUCACCUCCAGAGGCCGUCCUGUGUUGCUGUGGAAAUGCAGAGACUUAAUGGUCUGGACCUUGAAAAGAAAAUCGGGAAGUCCAUUUUGGGGAAGGUUCACCUGGCCAUGGUGCGUUACCAUGAAGGGGGGCGAUUCUGCGAGAAGGACCAACCCUGGGAUCAAGAGUCAGCUGUCUUCCACCUGGAGCAUGCGGCAGACCUGGGGGAGCUUGAAGCCAUCGUGGGCCUCGGGCUCAUGUACUCCCAGCUCCCCCACCACAUCCUGGCUGAGGUCUCCUUAAAGGAGUCAGAAGAGAACAGAACAAAAGGAUUUGAUUACUUACUGAAGGCGGCAGAAGCAGGUGACCGGCAUUCUAUGAUCCUUGUCGCAAGAGCCUAUGAUACAGGCCUGAACCUCAGCUCUGACAGGACACAGAACUGGAAGGAAGCCCUACACUGGUAUGAUACUGCAUUAAACACAACCGAUUAUGAUGAAGGAGGUGAAUACGAUGGGAUACAGGAUGAACCCCGGCACACACUCUUGGCAAGAGAGGCUGAGAUGCUGUUUACAGGUGGCUUCCAGUUAGAAAAGGACCCACAAAGAUCAGGUGACCUAUACACUGCAGCUGCAGAGGCUGCCAUGGAAGCCAUGAAGGGCCGGCUAGCCAAUAAGUACUAUGAGAAAGCUGAAGAAGCAUGGGCAUUGAUGGAGGACUAGCCCACGGAAGCCGUCACCAUCGUCUUUGUACAUAUUUGGGGGGUGGGAUUUUUUUUUAAGCUGGAAAGAAGAAAGUGACUUUCUUCAUUUGUCCCUAAAAAUGCAUUUUUUAUGUGUUGUGAAACUGACUUUUGUAUUUCACAUUUGGACUUUGGGGAUUUCCCUUUGCUAUAAGCAAAGAAACAUAUAUAUGCCUGUGAAGGCUACAAGUAUAUUUGUUGGGGUGAGGGAGGGAAGGGGGUAAACAGAAGUAGCGUCGUGAACUUAGGCCUACUUUUUGAGGUUAUAUUAUCAAUAAACAUAACCUUUUUUUUUAAAUAUAUUUUUUAACUGUUAGAAUGGAGUGAGCUGCUUCCUUUCUAAGGGAAGAAGCUAUAUAUGUUGAGCUGUAUUUACUCCUUUCUGUCUUCUGUGAACAAUGUUAAUAUUUUGGUCACCAAAAUAACAUUGGCUAAACGAAAAAAACCUUGGAUUCCACAACUCCAAAGACUCUUUCAUUUCUGGGAGGUAGGUAGGAAUCUUCAGGUUUGCCUUUCAUGAAAUAAAAAUGGAUUGGGGAAACUUAAGUUUGGAAAUGUUUUGGAAGAAAGUUAAAAAGUCUCCUCCUGUGGAAUUAUUUUUCCAGAUUUCCAUGGGUGACCACAGUCCCAUUGUCCCAAAGGCCUGUCUGUUCCUGGGGAGUGUGGGAUACCGCUUCAGGUUUCCUUUUGUGGCCAGCCAGCUGAUUGAGGAAACCAUACAUUUGGAAACAUUUCAAAAUAAAGUUAGAAAGUCUCCUAACAUGGAAUUGUUCUUGCAGAUUUCCAUGGGUGCCCAGGUUAGGAGAGAAUGUAGCUCACCUUAGCUCUUGCCACCACGGGGAGCGUUCUGCUGAUUUCUCUCUAUUCAUUCAGCUCAGAUGCCUUUAUUUUUAGUCAUUUGACUAAUACUAUUACACAGCAAAAAAUAUAUAUAUACUAUUUUGAAUUAUAUUUCCUUCAGCAAGCUUUUAAAUAAGAGGUUUGAUAAAAUUGUAUGCAACAUAUUUCUACCUCCAAGUCUUAAAUUAUCUAGUGGGGAGCAGAAUAGUUAUAAAGCAAACAUUUGAGAAAAUGAUAUUGUUGCAUGUUUGAGCUUUUUUUUUUCAUCCUAGUCAAAAUUUAUUCAUCAUCUUAAUGUAAAAACACACCUCACCACAGAAGACCUUUGUGUGGUAUUAUGGUAUUCUUGGCCUUCAACAUCCACCAGAUUUUCUUCAUUAUUAUUUUUUGUCUGAUUCUCCACUGAUCCGAAUGUAAUUUUCAGCUCCCUAGUUCCAUUGAUAGUCUAUUGAGAACUGUAUUGCAAGUAAAGACUCAUUUAUUCAUACUCAGUUAAUUCAGUUUGUUCACAUGUUGCCAGACUGAAAUUUGUCUUUGCUUAUCCAGUCUUCUCUUCAAAAACUGCAAAUUAAUAGUACAAGUAAAAUUUUGGGGCAAAUGUUUUAAAAACAUGGAUAAGGACAAACUUAUCAUAUAGCCUGAAGCACUUUACUAGCAUCCAUCUCCAUGGAAACAAGUGAUAUGUUAAUUACAAAGCAUUUUUAUCUGUUCCUUGUAGACUGUCCUCUAAGGAAUACUACUGGAAAAGCACUUUUGUUGAUCUUGUUUCAGUUACUGUAUGGCCUUGAAAAUAAUAAAAAUUCAUUUCUUUUUUUUAAAAAAGUU